GCUUCACACCAGGUUCGUUUCGAUCGAUCGGCGACACUAGUAGUGUCCACGAAAUGGACAAGACAGGUGAUGCAAAUUUUCCUGCAUGCACAAACAACAAUUACCUAAAUAUCAUUUAGCUCGGAAGAAAGAGUCGGUGAAACUUAGAUUUUGAGUGAGACUCUGCUAGUUCAGCAUUAACAACAUUGCAUUGCCGAGAGAAUUGCCUUCCGAUUGCCAGAAACGUCCCACUAGAGUUCUCAAAAUCUCAGGUUGACGAAACCGGCAUGGAGAUUUUGAUUGAUGUUCCACCGUAUUUGCAUCCAUACGUCGAAUGGCUGCUGGAUUGGACCAGUUCUAUUUGGUCGUCUCUAUCUAUGUAUUGGGCGAAUGUGGGCCACUGUUGGAGUAUGCUCAUUACCAAUGCGGAACGAGUCUUUCAGAUCCCCCGGAACGCACUCGUACCACUUUUGGCUUUCAUUUUCUUCUUUUGGCCUAUUCUGCUCAGCCUCAUCAUGACCCUGGUCACUGCCUGGGCUUGGAUCUUCUGGAUUGUCACUUCUGUCUCGUUCGGCUUGAUCCAACUCGUCUACGUGUCCUAUCAGUUCAUCAUGAUCACCUGCGAUAUUUUUGGACUAAGCUGUUUGAAAACCUACAGUAUGCUACGCCAACAGCUUUUGCAUAUUGUUGACAAAACCACCAGUGCGGUGGGAGUAGAAAACGCCACGCACCGUCGGGGUGGCAAAUCCCGGCGUCGACAGUGGCGUCAAGACGUGGAACAGGCGCAAACCUACGAACGCUUUUUGCAGAUACGCAUCCAGUCCAAAGAACACGCACAGGUGAUUUCGAAACAGACUCUUGUCAAGAAAGCGUCUCUGGACACGGCGUUGCCGCCGCCGAUUCCACGGAAUCGAUCCUUUUCCGUAGAACACUCGCCAGCCAAACAUGCUCUGAGGCGAAAUCAAAGUUUUGCUUCCGCCGAUGAACGUCGAAUCAAGUCGAAAGGAUCGUCUUCAUUCCAAAAUCGCGGUACUAGUAUUGAUGAUUUGGAUUCAGUGGUCGUGGAUGAAUUGGGCGAGAAAUUAUCCGAUUUACUCGUGAGCACAACGCGACGCUUGCGCGAAGCCCGCCGUUCGGCACAGAACACACCCAAUGACGCGAACGCAGCAUCCUUGUGUUACUUGCUUUCAGGCGUUCUUAAACGUAAUCAUUUACAAUUGGAUGAUUUAUUGAUUGAAAACGCCCGAGCUGUUGCCGAACGGGGUCAAUACGGCCUGACGAAUGAAUCGCGGAGUGUGGUCCGGGCCUAUUUUCAACAAGUAGAGGAGGGCUUGGACUGGAUUGCGGAAGCGCCUGUUCUACAAAAUUUAUCAUCGCACCAGUGCUCAGAAGGUGAGAAUGGAAAGGAGGCAAAACAUAUGCACGAGUCAUCUCGAAGCAGCAGUGCGGAGCUCACGGGCUGGGCCGAAAGUAGCAGUAAACACAAUGACCUUUUGGAACGUGUAACUUUGAUACGGAAGAUGAAACAAAAUAUGGGUCGGACAGCGCUGAUGUUGAGCGGCGGAGGAGCACAAGCCAUGUACCACCUAGGUAUAAUCCGAACUCUGCUCGAAUCAAAACUAUACCAAGAUAUAAAGGUGAUUUCGGGAACGUCGGGAGGUAGCAUUAUUGCCGCAAUGUGUGCUACUAAAACGCCUGAGGAACUUUAUAACAAUAUAUGCAUUCCAACAGUGGUUGACGAUUUCACCAAAACAGGCGAGCAACGACGAGAGAAUAUUCGAUGGUUUCCUCCGGUUACAGAAAUGGCAGCAUAUUGGUUGAAGCACAAACUUCUGGUGGACAGUGCAUAUUUUCGACGUACAUGCGACUUUUACUAUAGCGACAUGACUUUCGAUGAAGCUUUCGAGCGGACAGGCAAGCACGUUUGUAUCACUGUGUCGGCCAGCAGAGCAAGCGGUGGAACCGCGCAACGCUUACUCUUAAACCACAUAUCCACUCCACAUGUAACUGUAGCAAGUGCGGUUGCUGCUAGCUGCGCGCUUCCCGGAGUCAUGGCCCCGGCUAAGCUGCUUGCCAAAAACAGCUCUGGAGUGUUGGAACCGUUCGAGGUUGAUGGUGUUGAGUGGAUUGACGGUUCCGUUCAGGCUGAUCUUCCGUUCCAGCGAAUUGCAACUCUAUUUGCAGUAUCGUCUUUCAUUGUUUCACAGACAAAUUUUCACGUUUUGCCAUUUCUCAAUAAAGAGUAUCAUCCGAACCAAAAAAGCUUGUACUGGCAGCUAUUUCAAACCCUAGAAUGGGACAUUCGAAGCCGUGCCCUCAAACUGAGCCGACUUGGACUCUUUCCUCGACUUUUCGGACAGGACAUCAGCAAGAUCUUCAAGCAAAAAUACUAUGGAAACCUGACAAUCGUUCCCCGCUUUACGACAAUGCAAACAUUUGGUCUAAAAUCUCUUUCCAAUCCGACAAUAAAAGAUAUGGAGGGGUAUCUCAAGUACGGCCAAAUUGCUGCAUGGCCCUAUCUAAACGCCAUACGCGAUAUGAUCCGACUAGAAAAAGCUCUGGACGAUUGUCUUAUGCGCUUGGAAGCACGAGUUCGAGCGCUGAAUCCCGACGUUGACUGGCUCAACCCUGACGAUGUUGAGUCUAUAGCAAGUUCGUCAGCUGUGUUUUCCAAUUCUCGAGUACGAAUAAUAGGACGACCCCCAAUGGUUGAUUCCGCAAGGCAGCGGGAAAGUGAUUUAGUUCGAAAACUCGAAGACGAGAACCAGGUGCUAAAGGAACAAGUACAGCGACUUCGAGCUGAACUGCUGGCACAAGUAGGCACUGAUGAAAAUGCCAACAGCAAAUUGGAUGAAUCAAGCCACUAUCCCGUAGCUCAACGUUAUCUAAUACAAAGCUCAGAAGGACGCCAACCAUCACUGAAGAAUGAGCAAGAAGUAUUGACUCCAAGAGGAGCUUUGAUCUGACUUCCCUGGCAAUAUCUCCAUUGUCUAGUUUGUUACUCAACCGUUUGCAAGAUCGACUUACUGUUAGUACCUCAUCUGCCACUGUGUCUGAUGUCUACAUCAGCAUCGGUCUUUAUGGCUUUCGAUUUGUAAUCGAAAAAUAGCUUUCAAGUUCGCCAGAAGCUUACUGUUAGAUCUCAUU